CGACAUGGAACCUUCGACUUUAAGAGGUAUUUUUGCCAGCAUAGGCCGGUAUCUCAGCGAUAAAAGCUAUGGAACCGAUCUGAAGGAAAAGGAGUUUAGAAGAAGCAGAGAAGUUUUGAAGGCUAAAUGUAAAGACCUAAAAGAAAAGGGGAAGGGGAACAAGCCAAACCGAUCAGAGCCUUUUACUAAAGCAGAGAUUGAAAUUCUUCACAAGAAACAGAUUCUUGGAGAUCAUUCUCCUCAAGCUUUGCUAAACUCGAUGUGGUUAAAUAACACAAUGCAUUUCGGUUUGAGAGGUCGCCAGGAACAUCUGACAAUGCUUUGGGGAGACUUAGAUGUAGGUGUUACUGCAGAUGGCACUGAAUAUGUAGCAUUCACGGAAAGAGCAACAAAAACGAGGAAUGGGUCAGAGAGAGAUCCCAGGCAUUUUACUCCGAAAAUGUUCGCACAGCCAGGUGAUGAUGCUUGUCCAGUGAGAUUGUUUAAACUGUAUGGAGAAUUGAGACCAGUGAAGAUGUGCUCCCCAGACUCCAAGUUUUAUCUCUCGUUGAACCCUAAUUUUGGAAAAGAGUGUGCUACAGGGCACUUGUGGUAUAUAUCUGCACCGAUGGGCAAAAACAAGCUUGGAUGCAUUGCGAAGACUAUGAGCAAGGAGGCUAACUUCCAUUCCCGGCACUCAAAUCACUCAGGCAGGAAAACAACUAUUUCCAAUCUGUUAAAUGCUGGCUGCCAUCCUACCGAGGUGGCCCAGUUGUUAGGACAUAAAAAUUUGUUGUCACUUAAUCAGUAUCAUACAGUUUCAUUGGUUAAACAGCAAGAAAUGUCGGCCAUAAUCCACCAGAAUGCACCUUCUACAUCAGUUGCGCAUGUCCUGCAUGAAGGUCAGCAGCAGCCCACUGACAUACAGAUGGAUGUAGAUAACACUAUGUCAGACGAAGAGUUACUUGCCGCAUCACAAGACAUUGAAAAUGCAUUGUCAGCAAUUAACAAUUACGAAGAAGUUGUAACAUCUAAAGCAAAUACUGUAAUAAAUCUCCCCCUUAUGCAGAGUCCUGGUGGUAACCUUCACAUGACAAAUCAAAAAUUCAACCCAAUGGGUUUUUUCAGAGGAUGCACUUUUAAUGGUGCUGUAAACAUUGUUUUGAAGUAAAUACAGAUUUGUGAUGUCUGUAUGUAAAACGCUUAUGUGAAGUAUGUGAAUAGGAGUUCAUUGUUGAUGUUGGAUACUGUGACAUUCAUUGAAAAUGUAAAAAAUCACUAGUUAAAAUGAUGUUGAAAUGCUACUGGUGCACAAUAAUAUAAUGCUUUAGUUUCAUUAAAUUUGAACUUUGGACUACAAAUAAAAAUAAAAAUUAUAAACUUUAUAUUCUUGCU